AAUAUUUAUGGUUCUGCUGUGAUAAUGUCUGAGGGAUCGAAAGCCAAAAGAAUUAUUCUAUUUACUUACUUCAGCCGCAACAGUUCAUUUGCCUUGUUUGUUUGGAUCCGAUCCUUGCCAUGUUUUUUCAAGCAAUAAUAGUCGGAACAAUCCUGUUCCUGAUCGUACGGUUUAUUCGCGAGCGGCAACAAAUAGUGAAGAUCGCAAAGCAUUUCGGCGGACCAAAACCAUUACCGGUGAUCGGUAAUUUGCUGGAGUUUAACACCGAUAUUCCGGGCAUAUUCGAAACUGGUAUCAGAUUAUUGAAAAUUCACGGACCGGAUACCUUUUUCUGGGGUCUGUUCAAUCUUUAUCUAUUGGUCGUAAGCAGUCCCAAAAAUGUCGAGAAGGUUCUGUUGGCGAAAAAUGCCCAGAAGUCGUUGUUGUAUACGUUCCUGGAACCGUGGCUGCGGACAGGGCUGCUGCUGUCUAGCGGAGAAAAGUGGUUCCAGCGGCGCCGCAUCCUAACGCCGGCCUUUCAUUUCAAGAUACUGGAACAGUUCGUGGCCGUGUUCAACAAGGAGACAGACGUGAUGGUGGCCAACCUACGGAAGCACGUGGACCAACAGGAGUUCGACAUUUACUCCUACGUGACACUGAUGGCACUGGAUAGUAUUUGUGAGACUUCAAUGGGAAUAUCGGUAAACGCCCAAAACGAUCCCGAUAACGACUAUGUGAAAAAUGUUAAAAGCAUGUCGGUAUUAUUUCUGCAACGAAUUUUCGAUCCUUUGGUCGCCACUCCUAUACUGUAUGAGUUAAUUCAUCCACGCGCCUACAAACAGAGAAGGAUCGUGCAAGAGUUGCAUAAUUUUACGGAUUCUGUGAUAGCUGAGCGGAGAAAACAGUUGCAACCGAAUGGCGAGAAGAGACACAAUUUUAAUCAAAGCGACGAAAAUCUGUAUUCGAAACAGAAGAUGACAUUUUUGGAUUUGCUGCUUAGCGUCAACGUCGACGAUGAACCCUUGGAUGAUCUUGAGAUCCGAGAAGAGGUUGAUACCUUUAUGUUUGAGGGUCACGACACGACAACCAGUGGCAUUUCGUUUACAAUCUACGAAUUGGCACGAAAUCAGCAUGUGCAAGAUCGUAUCUACGAAGAAAUUGUCAGCAUCCUAGGGAAGAACUACCGCGAAGCUGAGCUAACGUAUCAAGUUUUGCAAGAUUUUAAAUAUCUUGAAAUGGCCAUCAAGGAAGCAUUGCGUCUCUAUCCGUCGGUUCCCUUCAUUGGCCGGCACCUCACUGAGGACACCGAACUUGAUGGAAUCACUUUACCGGCCGGAGUGGAAAUACUGGUGGCGAUCUACAUGAUUCAUAGAAAUCCGGAAGUGUUUCCGGAUCCGGAACGGUACGAUCCCGAGCGGUUUUCGGAAGAUGCCGAAUCCAAACGGGGUCCGUACGAUUACAUACCUUUCAGUGCCGGUGCUCGAAACUGUAUCGGUCAACGAUUUGCCAUGUUGGAAAUGAAGGUCGCAAUCAUUAAACUGAUUUCGAACUACCGAAUUCUGCCCGGAGAGUCACUGCAGCAGUUCCGCGUGAGGACUGAUCUUGUCAUUCGGCCUCAUACGGGUGUCGCGGUAAAACUGAUGGAACGCGUUUGAUGCGGCCUUUAUUAACAAGGUAGAGCACUGAGUGAACUCAAAAUGGCAGAUAUCUUCGGUUUUUUAGGGUAACUUUUGAGGACUAGAUAUAUGAAGAAUCUUUGGAAACUUAGGGUAAAUUUUUAUUUGUGAAUUAUACCGACGAUCUUAAAAUAUUGCAAAA